AGAAAUGUGUGAAAGCCAAUUUUUGGAAUGGGUUCAUUUGUCCAGCCAAGGUAGUGAAGACUCCGAGACGACCAGGAUAUUAGCAGAAUUACUUAGAGAAGCACAAUUGGAUGAACAUUUAGGUCAGAGUAAAUGUCAAGAUAAUGAUUCUUUGUCAGAAUUAUUGAAAGAGGCCAUAUCUGAAGAUCAAGUUUUUUGCCAGAACAUACAUUCAGAUACUGAGGAACUAACAGAAUUACUUAAAGAAGCACAACUAGACAAUCAUUACUUAUGUAGAAGUAGAUGUUCAAAUACCUCAUCCAUUAACCGAAAUUCCACUUCAAGCUUUACCUUUAAACCACCAAAUUCUCAUUCGAUCAUAAUAGAAAAUAAUACACCAUCAGACGAAAAAGAUUUUGUAGGUAUAGUGCCGUCACUAGAACUAUUAAAACCAAUUAACAAAAGCUCACCGGAUCUGA